AAGAAAAAAAACUAAGUUGUUAUUGACUCAAUUUAUUCCGUCGCAAUAUUGGCAGUCAAUUUAAGAAAGUUUGUGAAGUUAUUCAAACUCGUUCACUUUAUUCCUCUAUGUAAUUACUCUUUGUAAUGAAUAUUAUUAAUUCGAGAAUGAUUUGGAAGGUUCAAUUUGUUGUAGUUCGAUAGCAACAGGACACUAGAGCCAUCUGUUGGAUUUUCCCGCCAUUGUGGCAUUUUCUCGCGAACGGCGAAUCAUUGCGAACGUUCUCUGAAGAUGUCUUCAUAUUCAUCAUAGCGUCGUGCGUCGUGGUGACGUAGUGCCCCGAGUGCAUGGUGCAAUGUAAAUGAACUGAGGAGACCGCAUUUCCUUUGAUUUUUUACAUUAACUGUGCCAAUAUUUUACGGUAGGCAAUUUGUGAUUUAGGAUGGAAGUAGAAGAUACAGAUAUUCGUAAGCCGAGAGGUCGUAGAAGUAGGAACAAUUCAAGUAACUCCAAGGACCCAAAAACUGAAAUAAUGAAAGGAACUAAUGGUAAUGCAGAAGAGAAAGACUCAGAAGUUAAUGAUUUACCAAAUGGUGAUGAUGCAGCUGCCGAGCGUGUGAGGAGUGACGAGAACUCUGAAGAUUGUGUUGAAGAGAAAGAAAAGAAUUCUAAAGGAAACUCUAGUUCAGGGGAAGUAGAAGGUGCCAAGGACGGGGUAUCUGCUGUGGAAUCUGCUAAUGGUGACAAUGAAAACCAUGUUAGAAGUGGUUCAAAAAGGGGACGAAGUGGGAAUGCAACAGAUAGUGAUGAAGACUUCAUGGGUUUUGAAAGCAACGAGGAGUCUGGGAAAGAAUCACGCUUUUCUUUUCUGCAAUCUCUCAUUGGCAAAUAUGAAACAGAUGGAGUUUUAAGUGACGAUGACCUCACUGAGGAGGAGAAGGAGUUCUUUCAGCGUUCUCAGGAAAAUUCAUCUGAUGCAUACUGGUCUGGUACAAGUUCACCUACCAAAAUCGAUGGCUGGGCAGAUGCAUUGCAAACAGAGGAAUUGUGUUCCUCAAAUGCCAGUAGUCCAUCUGUUGCCUCUGGCUUCUCUGGAGAAGCAAAACCAAGGGGGAAGAAAUCAUAUCAUGCUGACCUCUCGAAUCCAGCUUACAGAAAACCGUUGGAAAUGGGUUGGAGGCGUGAACUUGUUUUUAGAAAAAUGUCUGAUCAAUCUCAGAAACGAUUGGCUGAUGUUUAUUAUUAUACUCCUUCUGGCAAGAAAGUUCGAUCUGCACGUGAAGUUGCAGAACAUUUAUCUGGUACGGAUCUCACUGAUGAGAAUUUCACUUUCUUCAAAAUGGCUCUGGGUUUGAACGAUCCAACAAAAGAAAUCAUUAGGGAUGCUAAACUUAGGGAAAGUUCUGGGACCCCUCCUCAAAAGAUGCAAAAGUUAUCAAAAGCAGCCAAAGUAGACGGUACUCCUAAAACCCUAGGAGUUAAGGAAGACCCUAGUGGAUCUCCAAAAGCACCAAAAAAUUUCUCCAGAGGAGCUUUUCCACGUAUAAAGGUAACACCCGUUCGAAGUAACCAGCAACAAUCUCCAAACAGGCCCAGAGCAAUCGGUCGCCCCAAAAAAGAUUCGCUUGCCUUGACGACGGAGGGGGAGUUGGAGAUUGGCAUGUUGCCUCCCUCCUGGAAGGAACCAACUGCUGUGUCGGGUGCUCGUAAAGCGACCCCUCCAACAACUCCCGUGUCAGGCAAAACGCACGGGCUGCAAGGCAGCAGUCGACAGCCAGCCAAGACACCGACAGCAGGGCCUUAUGCCGGAGGGCAGAAGAAGGGCUUGCGGGAGCCCCUGCCCUGCUCCAUUCGCUGCCUGAGCAUGAUGGGGGUGAUCCCAUCGCUGCAGUGCAGGCUGUGUCUGUGCCUGUACCAUCCAGAAUGUGUGGGCUUGGGCACACUCACUGAUGUUAUCCACAGCUAUGUGUGCAAGAGCGGGCUGCUGUUGGUGCCCGUGGCGCCUCCCGCGUCCCACCACCAUCACCACCACCCGGCGCCCCCCGCCGCGCUGGCGCCCGCCGCCCUCCCACACGCCGACCCGGUGCACGCGCAGCCGCAGUACGUACUGGUGAACGCGCACACCGGCGGUGUCGUCUUCAGCAACUUCGCCCGCGCCAGAGAGGAUGGAUAUGUGGGAGUGCCAGUAUCUGCCGAAAACAAUUUCAUGCAGUACUUCAUGCAAAAUGUUAGUGUAGGAUACACAGCACUUCACCAUGUUUUCCAAUAUCUGAAAGUGCACGAGUUACUUCGAGCAGGACGUGUCUGUCGCAUGUGGCAUGACUUGGCUGGACAUCCCACUUUGUGGAAAACUGUACGAAUGAAGAAUUCCCAAGUAUUAGAUUGGGAUGGUUGUGCUGCAGCACUUAGCAAACAGGGCACCCAACAUUUAGAUCUGCGCAAAAUGCUCCUUGACCCAUCAAGGACUCAAGAGGUUUGGAAUCAGUUCUGCACUGCAAUUGGGCAAAUAUCUUCCCUUCAUCAUUUGGACCUGUGCCGAUGUCCAAGCUCUGUGGUAGAACGUGUGGCGGCCCAGUGUCCCCAGCUGACCAAUCUCACUGCACUUUUCUUGAGUGACUCAAAUUUGGAUCUGAAAUCAUUGAAGUUUUUAACACAAAUUGAAGAACUGCGUCUGAAGGGUAUAGCAGUAAAUGGUUUGAAACUGAAGUCACCCCUAGAUGUGCUCACCAAAAUGACUACUCUGAGACACCUGUCAUUGACUACAAUAAAGGAUCUAGGCAAAGCCAACCCUGAAACUCUAAAAUCUUUGACACAACUGGAGUCACUUGAAUUAGGAGAAUGCAAUGACUUCAAUGAGGCUUUUGGCUCAGAGUGUCUUCCCUGCCUCAAGAAACUGACUCGUCUUCGUUUAGAAACAGGCCAAAUGAAGUGCCCCACCUUUGUUAUUUUGAAUGGACUACAUACACUGCCUCUGUUAACUCACUUGGAACUGGUCAAUUUUGACAUCAAACCAGGCUUUGAUAAAGCUCUUGCCCAGUGCACUAACAUCAAACGGUUACUUCUCAUCCCGACGUAUUUGACACAGUCUGCUACUACAAACCACAUGGUGCUGGGUGGGGUGACAAAACUUUCUGAAAGCCUUGUACAGUUUGUUUGGGGCGUAACACAUGAGCUGCUGCAUGUCACCGAACUGUUUGUGGAUCAGUGUGAGGGACAGAAAGGAGGAGCCCCAAAGGGAGCACCUGUAGGCCCUGGCGGUGAUGGGGGUGGGAAGAAUCCAUUGCAGCAACUACCCUCCGGGAAGAAGUCUGGAACGAGCGACAGUAUUCCCAUUCUCCGACCAGUACCUGGAAGGGAUGUCUUGGGGGCUGGUAAUGAUGUGAAACCUGAAGAGGAUGAUACAUCUAAACCAUCACCACAGGUGGAUAUUCUGCCUUUAUCGCAGCUGCAGAAACUUCUGGCGACAAGCCUUCCAAACACCAAGGUCAGCAUUUUGAAGAUCCCUUUCAAUGCGACAUGGAGACAAACUCUGGGAGAGACCAGCCACUGAGAAAAAGGGUGCAUUGGACUCCCUGUUCUGGCCCCGUUACUGAAGGCAGUAUAGUUCGGAAGGUUAUUCAGACUGAAUUCUAUGGCAUCCAAAGAGAAAGGCUAAGAGAUUGUGUGUGUGGGGGCAUAUAUGUACACCUUCCCCUCUAUCUGUCCAUUCCAAGAACUACUCAUGUUGAUGGCCAAUACAGGAUAGUGUAUUUUUUAAAAUAUGAAUUAUUCUUAUGUUUAGUGAAUGCAUUGCAUUAACUUGCAAUUGCUGGAGUUACCUUUACAAAGAGCCGGAUGUGCCCUUUAAUGGGUUGGUUUUAACAUCUGUUUUUAAAAAUAGUUUGUACCUUGUGGUGUUAAACAACAGGGCGUUUUUAAUGGAAGUACAAAUUAUGGCAUAAAGAGGUUUACAAGAUACUGUGCUCUUAAUGAAGAUGUUCAUGUGCAAAGAUUUCAGUGAAUAUUGUAGGAUUGUCAGAUUUGAUACUAUUUUUAGUUAGUAGUAAGUCAUAUUAAGUGCAUUAUGUUGAGGUAUUGUGUGGAAGAUCGCUGCACUGCUGGUGUAGGGUGGAAUGUUUUGAAUAAGCAGCAACCAUUGGACCAACUAGUGUGCUUACUUGUGAAAUGUGAUCAUUGGAAAGAAUGAGUAUUCUAUGCAAUAUCUGCAUAAUAGUAGUAAAAGCAAGUAUGUAUAGAAAAAUUUAUAUUAUGGUGUAAAUAUAGAGUAUUAAAAAUAUUUUGGUACUUUUAUUCCCUUUGGCUUACAGAACUUGUGAAUGACAUGAAUUUAAACAAACCUAUGUAUCUCUUUUUGCUGUUAUUUAGAAUAUAACCAGAAUGUAAAUGUGUGUGUGUGCGUGUUUUUUUACUGGUUCUUGCAUUUCUUGUAAUAAUGAUGAUGUUGUAUUGACUUUUCUGAUUGAAUUAAGUGAAUUUCUGUUAAACAUGAACG